AUGGAUAUUUAUCAUGGUGAAUUAGAUGGUGCAAAUUACAACGAUCAAAUUAGUGAAGAAGAAAUGGAGCUUAGGAGAGGUCCAUGGACUUUCGAUGAAGACCGUGCUCUCAUGAAUUACAUCUCCCAACAUGGUGAAGGGCGUUGGAAUUCACUCGCUCAAUCUGCAGGUCUAAAGAGAACUGGAAAGAGCUGCAGGUUAAGAUGGCUGAACUAUUUACGCCCCGAUGUUCGACGAGGAAAUAUCACUCUUGAAGAACAACUUCUGAUUCUUGAACUCCAUUCUCGAUGGGGCAAUCGGUGGUCAAAAAUUGCUCAAUAUUUGCCUGGUAGAACUGAUAAUGAGAUCAAGAACUAUUGGAGAACACGAGUACAAAAACAUGCUAAACAGCUCAAAUGUGAUGUGAACAGCAAGAGAUUCAAGGACACCAUGCGUUAUCUAUGGAUGCCAAGAUUAGUUGAGAGAAUUCAGGCAGCCGCUGCCGCUGCCGGUGGCAGGGACGGAUGCGGUGUUUCCUCCACCACCACCCAAUACAAACUCAACAGCCAUAACAUUUCCAGUAUCGACAACAUGGGCCCAAGCCAAAAGGUGCUGCCAGUGCCACAGCCUAACAACAGUAACAUGGUUGGGAAUUAUGGCGGUGGUAUUGUUCCAGUUAACACAAACGCCACCAGCUACACGGCGGAGAAUUCUAGCACCGCCGCCUCAUCUGACUCAUUUGGCACCCCAGUUUCAGACCUCACGGAUUGUUACAAUUAUCCAGUUAAUCAGAACACUAAUCAAGAUUACUGUCCUGCUAAUCAGCUAGCCUAUGGAGAAACCUUAACCAGCCCCACUGGUUACUUUAACCAAGGGUUAGAUUUCACAGUUAUGGAGCAAAACAAUCAAUGGAUGGAUGAAGGGAACAUAUACGACAAUUUGUGGGAUGUUGAUGACAUGUUUUUCUUACAACAGCAAUUCAACACCAAUUUUUAA